CAUAUUGAUGCGUUUCUCUUUGUAGCAGGCAUGUGUAAUUGCUGGAAAUAUUAUGACACCUGCGGCGAGCUUCUAGAAACUCUUCACACCUUGAUUUGUGAAUGUUGAAAUCCGGUUUCCGCCGUGACUGAAGUAGGAAAAUAAGAAGAACCAUUUGAAGAUCCUCAAUUAUGGUGGAGGUUGCCAGCGUGGCGCCGCCGUCCAUGGCGUCCGACUUGGAGGAGGGCGAGUUGAGCGACGAGGGAGAAUUGCCGGCGGACCAGCCGGCCGGGGACGUCGUCGUCGCCGCCGACGGGAAGAAAGACGCCGGAGAUUUGGCCCAGCAACAGCAGGGCAUGAUGAUGAUGGAGAUGACGGACAUCAUGAACUCUGCGGAUCUGCUGACUGGUGUGGGCGGCAAGAAGAAAAAGUCCAGGAAGAAGAAGAAGCGAUCGGUGCAGGAUGAUGAGGAAGAGGACGAAGACCGCGGUGGCGUCGACGACAACAGCAAGAACAACGUGGUUGGCGAAUUGAUGGUCGGUAGCCUCGUGGACGGCGAGGGACGUCCUCUGCUGGACGCCGGCGACUUAUUGCAGCAGUUGCAGCAGAAAAAGAAGAAAAAGAAGUCGAAGCGAGAAAAGCAUCACAAGCACCGCAAGGACCAGACGGACGUGCGGCCGGAAGACGCCCUGGCCCUGCUGGAGGAACUGAAGGCCCAACAAGCAGCCUACGCCCAGGGCCUCCUAUUGGCCAUGCGGGCCGCCAACGGGAACACCGAUCCUGCCGCCAUCCCCGACCUCAACGGCCAUCUGCACGAAGACGCCAUCAUCGCGGAAGAGGACGAGGACGACGACGAGAUGCUGUAUGUGCGCGGCGCCUCUCCACCGCCCGCCACCGGCGGUGUCAACAACGGAGCGCCAUCCCACCACUACCACGAAGACUACCACGCCGAGCUGCUCAAGGUGGAGCAACGACGGCGGAGGAGGAGAAACGACGCCGGUCGUGCGGGGCAUGAAAUGGACGACGACGUCGACGGUGAUGACGGCGACGGCGGAAGGUUAUUAUCGUCGGCAUCGGAACGAAGGCGUCGUGAUGAUGAUGAAGAAGACGAAGAAUUUUACGAAGACGACGAACUCGAGCGUUACGCGUUGCGCAGACGAGACCGAGAUCCCGCGAGUCCCCGGUCUUCUCAACACAGUUGGAGCGAUAGGCAGCAGCAGUCCGGCGGCGGACGCUACAGUAGUCCCUCAGCUUCGCGACGCCGGGCCAGUAGUCCAGCUACCGGCAAUACUUGGCGUCGUUCCGACAGGGACAUGAGAGACCGCGAACGUGGCGGGGGCCGAGGAGGAGGAGGAGACAACAACAACAAUCGUGAUCGGAGAAUGCGGGACAGGGACCGAGACCGGGAUCGGAACCGCCAGCAUUCGCGUGACUCUCGUCCACCGCCAUCAUCAUCAUCUUCUUCUUCUGCAGCGGGCGGAGCGGCCGUGAGGAGGGACAGAGACCGGGAUCGAGAUCGGGGCGGACGGGAGCGACGGCCGAGCAGGGACAGGGACCGAGACAGGGAUCGGGAUAGAGAUCGCGACAGGGAUCGGGAUCGUGACGGUGAUUUGCUGUGGGAGCGCCGUGGCGGCGGUGCUGCGGACCGAACCAACGGCGGCAGCAAGUCCGACAUCUGCGCCUAUCACAUGGCUGGCAAAUGUCAGAGGGCAAGUGUCAUAAAUGGGGAUGACUGUCCGUACUCGCACGACGCAGUGCCGCCCAGGAAGAACGAGCUGUGCAAGUUCUACAUGCUCGACUGCUGUGCCAAGAAGGAAAAGUGCCUGUAUAUGCACAAGAACUUCCCGUGCAAGUUCUACCACACCGGGGCCCAAUGCACCACGGCUGAGAAGUGCAAGUUCUCCCACAAACCGCUCAACGAAAUCACCCGAGCCGUGCUUCUCAGGCAUUUGGAAACAGCGCCCAAAGACAUUCUCGGAGACUUCCCCCGGAUGACGGCAGAGGGCGCCAAGGCCAUCGUAGCUGCUGUAGAAGCGCAGCGCGAACAAUCCUCGUCAACUGCACUCAGCAUGUUGGACGAGACCCCAGCUGCAUCAUCCACUGCCCCUACCCCUGCCCAGGACACGGACAUUCGGUCCCGCGGUGACGUCGACUACCGACGGCCCGACGGGGACGGCUGGCCUGCUGCGGAGCAGCCUCUCAUCGCUGCCCCGUUUGCCACCGCAACAACAGCCGCCGUUACUGGUGAUGGUGCCCACCCGCAUCACGACGACGACGAUGAAGAAGAAGAAAAGGACGGGCUGUGUAUCGACGAAGGCCCGGGUGAGCAGCAGUCGUCGUCGCCGUCAUUGACGAUGGGCAGUAGGAAACGGAAGACGUCGGAUGAGGGCCAGCACGUGAUGGCUGCGACUGCUGACGAUCAAGAUGACGAUGAGCCGGCGAGCAAGAAGGUCAAGACGACGAUGUCAGACGACGAGAUAGCCCGUCUUGGCCUGACCAAGAGGGAUGUGGAGAUGCUGGCCCGACUGCCGGCUGCCCAGAAGGACCUGUACCUCCGGAUCAAACGCCAGCAACACCAGAACCCGGCGUCUUCGUCGUCCCCUGUUGCUAAUUCUUUCACGGAAUCUGAUCGACCAUCCCACAGGGGCAGCAAUAGCGACGAUGAUGACGACCGAGGCGGCAGCACUCCAGUGCCGGACAACGCGGACGAGAAUUGGUACAGCAGCGACGAAGAAGCCUCGGAACUGGCGAGACGACGACCGCCCACCACGGACGAUGGCAAAGGGCCGGCGCAGCAGCGAUCAGGCGACCCGAGGAGGAAACUGGCAGCCGGUGGUGCUGAGAAUGUCAAUAAGUCGUCGUCUUCCCCGUCUGUCAACAUCCACGACAUGGUGUCCAAACUUCGUGAUGAAGCUAAAGUGCCAAAGUUCUCGCCUUCCAUCAACAUCCCGGCAUCGCUACUCAACUUACCCGGUGGACUCCUGGGAGUGACGAGGAAAGAAAAGCCCACAGCUGAGCAUUUGUGUAACCGUAGGGACCGGGAUCGAAACAAGGCCCUCCUCAAGGACACAUUUGCCAAACUGGACGAGCUGGGAUCUUUGAGCAGCACCAGCGACGGCGCCGAGGCGGCUCUGCGACUCAACCCGCUCCAGCUGCUCGACGCUGCCAGUACUGGCACAAACAGUACCCCAACCGCCGCCGCCGCCACCAGCAAGUUGCAACUCGGCCUCCUCUUCACCGCUGCCCCAGAUCACGUGCCGUGCAAGGAAAUCGAGGCUGGCUUCAACUCGCAUCCGGGCAUCCCCUACCGACUGCUGCUCAUCCUCGACCUGCCCAAGUUUGCGACGGCCUACGAAGGCACCAUGGGGUUGUCCGAGGCCCAGGCCCAGUUGGACCCCCGCUUGCAGCAGCAGCAGCAGCGAAGAAGGAGGACGUCGUCGUCGGCCGGCGACUCUCCGAGAGGCAUGCGGGACCUGGAAAGCCCCGCGAGUCCCGUCUCAUCAUCGGCGACGGCAAUGGCGAUAGAUGACUCCGACACCGCCACUCCAUCAGCACCUGCGACAGCCGUUCCUCCGAGACCCGCGGCGCCGGCGAGGAACGACCCGCGGCGACGGAUUGGGAUGAAGGACGACAAGCAGCCCCAACAAAUGUUGGAUCCGAGAACGAUGCGAGCGUCCGCCGUCAGUAACAGCGCCGCGUCGUCGUCCGUCAUGCCCAUGGCGACGGCCACCGAGAUGGACAUGAUGCAAAUGACUGCGACGGCCGGGGGUUUCGGCGGCAACCAGCCGGCGACGAUGAUGAUGCCAUUUAUGAUGCCUCAUAUGACGGCGACCCCGGUAUCUGCGGGUCCCGGUGGUAACAACUAUGGCAUGCCGCCACGUGGAUUCCCGGACGUGGUCAUGGGUCCCAACGUUGGGCCUGGACUCAUGGGACCUGGCCCACCGGCCUGGCCUGGGUUCAUACCCUCUGUUGGAGGACCAGGAGCAGGAGGUGGACCACUACCGCCAGCGUGGCAGCAGCAACCCGGCCCAACAUUCGCGGGAGACUGGAUGAACCCCGACAAUGGAUUAGAUCCUGCUGCGGAUUGGGGUAGCACCAACGGAGAUCGAGAUUACCGAGGCGGCGGCAUUGAGAUGAUGGGAGCUAGAGGAGGUGGACGGCGGGAUCGGGACAUCCGUGACAGAGACCACCGAGGGCCGCCGCCGGGCAGGAGACGAAACUGA